AUGCUUUCAGAGACAUGGGAGCAAGGACGCCAGAACCCUGAAUUACGCUCUACCUUAUUCCAUGGACUCUCGCGGAUCAUAUUGGACUUGGCACGGGUUCCACUACCAAGAAUUGGUUCAUUCACACUGGAUGAGAACGGAUAUUUGAAUUUGAGCAAUCGUCCCCUUACAAUUGAUGUCCACGAAUUGGAGAAUGAGCAUACAUUGGAAAUACCAUGCCAGUCUACCCACACUCGCGUUGAGUCCUACAUUCAUGACGUUCUUUCAUGUCAUGAGAAUCGCCUUCGCCAUCAGCCAAAUGCAGUAAACGACUAUGAAGAUGGUUUAUACCAGGCUUCUGCUCUUAUGGUGAUGAGAAGUAUUUGGUCGUGCUUCUUCCGUCGCGAGUUCUUCCAAUGUCCAUUUUUCCUUCAUCUCACCGAUCUCAAUCAAUCUAAUAUUUUCGUUGAUGAUAAAUGGAAUAUAACCUGUUUGAUUGAUUUGGAGUGGGCAUGUUCGCAUCCAGUGGAAAUGAUUCAUCCUCCACAAUGGCUCACAAACGAAGCUAUUGAUGGGAUGAACAAGACGAAGUACGAAGAGCUUCACAAAGAAUUCAUGGAAAUUCUCGUAUCGGAGGAAACCAAAUUCGAUCUACCAUUCCAGCUCUCGGAUGUUUUACAGCAAGGCUGGAACAAGGGAACAUUUUGGUGUACUAUGGCCCUUAGGAGCCCAACAGGAUUAUUCUCGUUAUUCUACGAUCAUAUCCAACCAAUGUUUGCAAAGAAUCAUAAUGAGCAGCCAUUCUGGAAAAUUACCACGCCUUACUGGAUGAUUGACACAGAUGAAGUUAUUAGGCACAAAUUAAAGGACAAGGUGCAGUAUGAUUCUGAUUUACGUGAAGCAUUCCAAUAA